AUGGGUACACCUAGGGCCCUGUACCGUGGCAGGUCUAGAGGUCGAGGUGGCAGAGAUCGAGGACGUCGGGGAAGGCAGAUUCAACAUACGAAGUCUGAUUUCAGGACGUCGCGUCUAGAAGAGAAAAGAGAUGCUGCAGCUUCCAGCGAGGACGAGAACGGCGAGCUGUCCGAGAAAGACCAUGAGAGUACUACUGCGAUCUUUGACAAUGAUGCCAACAGCGAUGAGGAUACGAACGAUAUAGCGUAUUCGUACAGUCGACUCCUUCAGUCACUCAAGCCACUGCCAUCAAGCAAUGAACCAGUCACUAAGAGGCGCAAACUCCUCAGCGGUUCUUCUCAGCCUGCCGUUGCCUCAACGAAGAUUGAACGUGCCAGGGAAUCAGUGCCAUGUGACAAUAUAUCAACGAACCAAUUGCGUAGUACCGCAGAGGCUGAUAGGCUAGAGCCCCAAAUUGAAGUUGGCGGGGUUGAUGGACCCAUUACUGCAGGGGAGGAAGAGGAUGAGGAGAACGAAAACGCAGGAGGAGAAGAAGGCGACGAAGUUGACGAAGUUGACGAAGUUGACGAAGUUGACGAAGUUGACGAAGACUUGACUGACCCCUUCCAGUCUCAUUUUGCCAAUCCAGAUCUAGUAUUUCUGUCCGAGAGAGUGAAGGCAGUUAAGGACCACAAAUGGACAACACAAACUACAAGCAUGUUGCAAGGUCUCAAGCAACAGUACGCAGUCCCAUCUCCUGAUGGAAGGACAGUGCAAAAUACCUCCCCAAUACGAUCUUUUGAGAGCCUGAAGCUCAAACGGAGACUUGUCGCACCUGGUCAGAAGGUUUGGAGCAGACUUAAUAUUGCAGAACAAGAAAUUGCUUCUGCCGUCAUUAUGUAUAAGGAUGUGCUCUUCGGGUCGAGGACGAUCGAAAAUGCACGUCAUCUACGAGACGUUGUAGUGCUCCAUGCUCUGAACCAUGUUUUCAAAACUCGAGAUCACGUAAUAAAGAACAAUGCAAGACUGGCGCAAGAUGAAGAUGGCAGUGCCUCUGAGAUUCGCGAUCAGGGGUUCACACGCCCAAAAGCUCUUUUCAUCCUUCCCACAAGGCAAAGUUGUGUGAAAUUCAUUAACAGUAUGGUAGAACUGUGCCAGCCGGAACAACAAGAAAACAAAUCACGAUUUGUGGAAGGCUUUGCCCAAGAGGAAGAUAGCUCCUGGGAAGACAAGCCGCGCGAUUUCCAAGAGUUGUUUGGAGGCAACGAUGACGAUAUGUUUCGAAUCGGUCUGAAGUUCACUCGAAAGACUCUGAAGUUCUUCUCUGCUUUCUACAGUUCUGAUAUUAUACUUGCCUCGCCGUUAGGGCUACGAACAGCCAUUGAGAGUGGUGGUUCGAAGGAUGGCAAAAAGGGUGCCGAUGCGGACUUCCUUUCAUCAAUCGAGAUUGUGAUUGUGGAUCAUGCAAAUGCUCUACUCAUGCAGAAUUGGCAGCACGUCGAAUACAUCAUCUCUCAACUAAAUUUGCUGCCGAAGGAGUCUCAUGGCUGUGACUUCUCACGUGUACGGCACUGGUACCUGGAUGGAGAGGCGAAGUACCUUCGGCAGACCAUUGUUUUAACCGAUUUCCUUACCCCCGAGAUCAACUCAAUCUACACCAACGUCAUGCUCAACGUCGCUGGCAAACUCAAAUAUGCACCUGUUCAUGAAGGGGCCAUGAUUGAUGUGUCAGCUUCAUUUCCAGUCAGAGUGCCGCAAACCUUCGUCCGACUGAACGCAACAAGUCCUGCAUCCGAUGCAGAUGUCCGAUUUUCAUAUUUCACUUCCGCUAUCCUCCCUCUACUCCGGAAAUCUAAACAAGAAACAGGGACGUUGAUGUUCAUGUCGUCUUACCUCGAUUUUAUCCGCCUACGGAACUACUUCUCAACCUCAGCUACCACAGAUUCAUUCUCCUUUGGUGCAAUAUCAGAAUACACCUCGGUCCGCGAUGUUGCGCGUGCAAGGUCCUAUUUUCUUACUGGAAGACAAUCCAUCCUGCUCUAUUCUGAACGAGCGCACCAUUUUCGACGGUACAAGCUAAGGGGUGUGAAGAGAGUAGUCUUCUACAGCUUGCCAGAUAAUCCGAUAUUUUGGAGCGAGGUGGUGGGAUUCCUCAGCACGGAAUUUGCAGACGAAACACAUAAAGGCAAACCUACUGUCAGAGCACUCUUUUCAAAGUGGGACGUCUUGAAGUUAGAGCGGAUCGUGGGGACAUCAAGGGUAGGUAGGAUGGUCAACGACAAAGCUGGUGAUACAUUUGAAUUCACCUGA